CUGUCUGUUAUNUUGCGGCGUCCAUGGCAUAUUUUAAAAGCCAUUAGAUUAAGCAAGAGCUUGCUCCCUGUGCGGUACUUGAUUGUUAUUUUGACCUUCAUCUGCACCUCAGUUUGCUACAUCGAACGAGUAGGGUUUUCCAUCGCUUACACCGUUGCUGCUGACGGUGCUGGGGUGAAUCAAUCGAGCAAAGGUACAAUACUGUCCACCUUCUAUUACGGAUACGCCUGUUCUCAAGUUCCCGGAGGAUGGGCUGCUCAGAGAAUCGGGGGGAGGAGGGUCCUGCUUCUUUCGUUUCUUUUGUGGUCAUUGACUUGUGCACUUCUUCCUCUCGAUCCCAAUCGCGUUAUUCUUUUAGUCGUUGCUCGUUUGCUCGUUGGUGUAGCACAGGGUUUUAUUUUCCCUUCCAUUCACACAGUUCUAGCACAGUGGGUUCCCCCUCACGAGAGAUCUAGAUCCGUCUCUCUCACCACUUAUGGGAUGUAUCUGGGUGCAGCUCUAGGAAUGCUUCUUCCUACUCUGGUCAAGUUCAGAGGCCCUCAAUCUGUGUUCCUUGCGGAGGCGGCAUUGGGUGCUUCAUGGUCUUUACUCUGGUUCAAAUACGCCAUUGAUCCCAAAUCCAUUGCUUCUGGUGUUGGGGAAUUAGUCUUACCCAUCAAUAAAAAAAUGGACUCUCACAACAAAAAAAUACUUUCAGCCAAAAUCCCCUGGUUCUUGGUUGCUUCUCUUGCCUUGGUGGUGAUUCCCAGUUUCAGAACAUUAAUGAGAAACAUUGGUUAAUAAUUU